GCGUCCCCGGCCCGGCCGUUCACUGUCCUCGCCCCCCGCGGCAGCAGGCAGCAGCCAUGGCGCCCAGCAGGAAUGGCAUGAUCCUGAAGCCGCACUUCCACAAGGACUGGCAGCGGCGGGUGGCCACGUGGUUCAACCAGCCGGCGCGGAAGAUCCGCAGGCGCAAGGCCCGGCAGGCCCGAGCUCGCCGCAUCGCUCCCCGGCCAGCGUCGGGGCCCAUCCGGCCGAUCGUGCGCUGCCCGACCGUGCGCUACCACACCAAGGUGCGCGCCGGGCGCGGCUUCAGCCUGGAGGAGCUGCGGGUGGCCGGCAUCCAUAAGAAGCUGGCGCGGACCAUCGGCAUCUCGGUGGACCCGAGGCGGCGGAACAAGUCCACCGAGUCCCUGCAGGCCAACGUGCAGCGCCUGAAGGAGUACCGCUCCAAGCUCAUCCUCUUCCCACGCAAGCCCUCUGCCCCGAAGAAGGGCGACAGCUCGGCUGAAGAACUCAAAUUGGCUACCCAGCUCACAGGUCCAGUGAUGCCCAUCCGGAAUGUCUACAAAAAAGAGAAAGCCAGGGUCAUUACCGAGGAAGAGAAGAACUUCAAAGCUUUUGCCAGUCUCCGCAUGGCCCGUGCCAAUGCCCGGCUGUUUGGCAUCCGUGCCAAGAGGGCCAAGGAGGCAGCAGAACAGGAUGUGGAGAAGAAAAAAUAGGGCUUGUUGGGGAUUGUCUAAUAAAUGCACAAUGCGGCCGGUCA